CGUGCCCUUUAUCCUGCUUCUGCCCCCAAACUUCUUUUUUAGUCCCCUCCACCCCUUCAGCCCUACCAGUGGUCUUACCCGUCCCUCUGCCCACCCACCGCGGAACAACGACAAUCCCGCUACACGUACGUCCUUGCUCUUUGCGCUUGCAAGGCUCGCCACUCUUGCACUCCGUCAGGCCAGCUCGGGCCAGCUACGAGCUCGUGAGCCGCUCCGCUCUCGCUUGCACAUCGCCCCUACCUCCCACCCAGCCAGCUCCACACAUCGCACUGCCCACAUCGUCGCUCAUUGUGCCCUGACGACACCAGAGCUGCCGGCGCACGACAGGGCCAGCUCCCAAGCAAGCAAGCAAGCAGCGGCCUCUUCGCCAGUCUCGCCUGUGGUUGAUCCAUGGGGCCAAGGACGCCGCCGCCUAUCCCGCGACAGCCGACGCUGUAGUCUCCAGCACUGCCGCCGCCAUGGCCUACACGCACAGCGCCAUGGGCAACACCAUGGGCCCGCACGGCACCAACAGCCUGCUCAUCAACAGCAGCCUGCUCCCCGGCCAACAACCGCGACAGCACCACUUCCCCUAUCCUCAGCACCAGAUCCAGCACCAGAGCUACCCGCUGCCGCCGACAACAACUGCUGCCCUGCCGGCGUCGUCGACAAUAGUGCACGCACCAGCACCAGCAGCGACGACCCUCGCGUCCCCGCAGCCAUCCCCGCGGACGCCCCAGUACCACUACCCGGCUGCUCCCGCGACGCUACCACCACAGCAACAAGCACUACCGCUAGCUCCCGGCAGCACCCACAGCGACAACGACAACGACAACGACACCAUUGAUAGUAACAGUGACGCCUCGGCGGUUGUUGGACCCGCGAGGCCACCUGAGAACACCCGCCGUCGCCCAAUCCCCCGCAAGGGCCAUACAAAAUCGCGGACGGGCUGCUUCAACUGCAAGCGAAGGAAGGUCAAAUGCCAGGAAAACCAGCCGCGUUGCGCUCAAUGCCAACGCCUCGGCCUCUCCUGCGAGUAUCCCAUCUCGCAGAAGACGGUACUUUCGGUACACUCCAAUGUGACGCAUGGCGCUCCGCCGCACGCAGUGCCUUCAGCGCUCGAGCUUCAAGAUCUCAAAUUCUUCUACCACUUCAUGACUGAUGCGUAUCCACCGCUGCCACUUGGCUGCGACGAGGUGUGGAAGCGGACAGCGGGCAUGUCGUCAAAUUACGACUUCCUUGCCCACGCGAUCUUGGGCCUCGCAGCCUCCCAUCUCGGCCUGUGCACCGGCGAGGACUACAAAUCCAAGGCCCUCAGCCACCGCGUCACGGCCAUCAACUUGCUCAACGAGAAGCUCUCCCAGCCGUGCAAGAACCAACAGGACGGCGACGCCCUGUUUGGCGCCGUCAUGGUCCUCGCCUUCCAGGCCGCGUACCUCCCCGAUGCGAUGCUCGAGUUCGUCACCAUGGUCCGUGGGUGCGAUGUCGUGUCCAAGCGAAUGAUGCCGGACUUUGCGUCGUCCCAAUUCAACACGCUCACCGCCGAGGGCCACGCGAGCAGCAUGCAGCAACUCAUCACCGCGCAGGGUGAGGACUCGAAGAACUCGGGGCUGAUGAAUGGGUUCAUCACCUCGGUGGCGUUGCUUGAUGGACUGUGCCAGACCGAGUUUGAACGCGCAUAUUAUACAUGCCUGCAAAGCGUCAUCGAGACGGCGCGUAGUUCUUAUGCUGGAGCGUGGGCCGAAUUCACGAGACUGUACAUGCUUCCCAGCGCGAUGACCAACGACGAAUUCUCCGCCUUUGCGCAGCCAGACAACUGGACAUCUCAGCUCCUCCUCGUGCACAUGUUCAUCCUCGACUUCAUGCUCGGCGACUUUGUCCUGCACGGCUCGCAGCGCAUCUCGCGUGCAAUGCGCAAGAAGAUCCUGGUCACCUGGAUCGAGCGCCUCGGCGAGCGGCUGCCGCCGGGGUACCAGCACUACAUUGACUGGCCGCUGACGUACGGCAAGAUCAUGAUCGAGCACCAGAGGACGAACAUGGUGCCCACGCAGGAAUAUCUGAGCACGUUUGCCACGCUACGCACGCAAAAGUCCGAGUCGCCGAGGUCCAGGCAAGAUUCGCAGACACCACCAAGUCAGGAUUCCAUGGACGCGUAUCCGUCGCCGAGCGAGAACGAGUACAAUCUGUGGCUGCCCACUGAUGGGAUUAGGAGCGGCCACUGCUGAAAGCGUGGUGUGCUGAUGCUGCCGGCGUGUGAAGGAGCCUGAUCAUUUGACUUAGCCGAGACCACUGCAAGGGCUCCUACUCCUGCAACAUAUUGCGGCGCGCCGGCUCUGGGGCCAGGAACUCCUGCUGUUCCUACCCACAUCUGUCAGUGACAGGCCACGACCCAGCCGCAACGCCCUCGAAGACCUGAUAAAUCAGUGCGGAUCUCGAGCUGCCUGAUAUUUGUGUCAAAAUAGCACUCCACAGC